AUGAACUCCAGGCAUCGUGACCCACGUGAUAGUCCCUCGCUGCGUGCUAAAACGCCGUGUACGCCUCACGGAGCACGUCUGCGCAUUUCAUCCGAGCCAGCCACACCGCGACGGAGCAGUGGCUCUGUGCCGGGCCUUAUUGUGACACGGGGGCUGUAUAAGGUUCUUGAGGAGGAGAUGCAAGAGCGACCUGCGGCAAAGCCGCUCAGCGCACGGUGCGGCGGACAAGGUUCUCGCCCCAACUUUCUCUUCUGCUACCUCUGUGGCCUGCAGUUCAGCUCCAUCAGCUUGCCCAUCCACCAGCCGCAGUGUUACGUCAAGAAACUCAUCGAGUGGGAACGCAUGGAUCCAGUAAAGCGAGGCCCAAGACCAAUGGACCCAGAGGAGCACGGGAAACAGAUGAAAGAGCGGGCCGCUAUAGGUGAGGUGAGGGCCUCCAACGGAGGAGGCAGAUUGAAGCGCAAGGAGGUUGAUCGAUUCAAUGAAGCACAGCUUGAGCAAUUUAACACGAAUAUGCUUGUAAAGUGUGAGAACUGUGGGCGGACGUUUUUUCCCGACCGUUUGGAGGUUCAUCAGCGUAGUUGCAAACCCGGUGCAGCGAGUGCCUCGAGGCCGGUGGCCCGCACAGUCGCUGCCCGAAAAGUAGGCGAAAAAACCCCGACAAAAGCACAAAAUGAGUUUUAUCUAACACAUUUUAGCACAAAGUCAACUGAGGCUGUACCCUUGGACGAACAGCGCUUGUCGGCGGUAACGUCUAACUCCGUCCCAACAGAAAGGGUGCAAAGUUCCGUGUUUCCCACGCAUCAUCGGCAACUUGCAGAUGGUCAUGCAGUGAGUUCCACUGCAUUGAAGGAGGACUUGUUAAGCGAAACGCUCCCGUGUGUGAAGGAUACCUUUCCUGUGCAGGCAGGCACUGAAGAAUAUGAAGACACCAAAAAUGGUGGUGGUUCCCUGUCUUCCACUGCACCCGAUGCCACGCAGUCGGUGGAUCAAGACCUGACCACAUCAAAUGAAAAAAAAGUGAUAGAGCCGGAGGAGACGCUGACGAGCCACACAAUUCGCGAGGCGGGGGAAAAUCAAAAUACAGGUAAAGAAACCAAAUAUACCCCUAAACAAAGCGCCAUUUCUGCGGGCUUGACGGAUGACGGCAGGCGUGAGAACCCCCCUACGGAGGAUGCUUUACCAAGCGCUGGCAGCGAUGCCGCCGCUUCUACAGCAGAGGCUGCUGUUUUUGCCUCAGACCAGCCUCUUGAUGAUUUCCAACCAUGGGAUGAUGACGCUGCCGUAGUGAGGCGCGUCGUAAAAAUUCCAUUGAACAAUGUCUCUCGCUUCAAGCACGUCGCCUCUCGCCUGCAGGUUGACAUACACAGGAUGGAUGAGCUUCCAAGAUGCCGCUUUUGCAAUCGAACUUUCAAGGUUGGGCGUCUGGAGAAGCACGAAGAUGUAUGCCUGGAACGCAACAAACCGCACCCUCGCAGUUCCGUCUUCACGGACCGUCACAUGGUGACUCCCGCCCCCCAUGGGGCAAGAAAGAAAAAUGGGACACGACACUCCGCUGCAGAGUCGUGCAGGGUCGGGGCUUAG